UUAAAAAUAUAAGCUUGGAAAUCCAACUUUUUUUAUCAAAGAGUUAAAACCCAGUUUUCAUUUUGCUCUGUUUCAGCUUCCUCUUUACCGAAUGGCUAUGGAACCAAACUUGAUUGUGCAAGAAUCAGACUUUGGGCCUGAUGGAGAUACUUCACUCAAGCACAAAUGGAAUUCGAUAUCAGAACCAACGACAGACCUUGAAAUGGAUUCCAGCUGCUUUGAUUGCAGCAUUUGCUUUGAUUCGGCAAAAGAUCCAGUAGUCACCCUUUGUGGUCACUUGUACUGCUGGCCCUGCAUUUACAAGUGGCUUCACAUCCGAACCUCUUCCCUCGAUGCCGACCACCGGCAACCGAAGAACUGUCCCGUCUGCAAGGCGAGCAUCUCUUCCGGUUCAUUGAUUCCCCUCUACGGUCACGGCACAUCUUCACAGUCUCAACGCAAGAAUCCCUAUUCAGACAUGGCCAUUCCCCAAAGGCCGUCUCCUACGUCGAACAUUACGGCCGCUUCGUCAUUGUUUCGUAACCAGCAAUACUUCCCUCACCCUCACGGAGGAUAUGCAACCUUGCCAUCAUCCGACCUCGGUGGUAUUGCGAUGACGAAUUUGUUCCAUCCGAUGAUUACGAUGUUGGGAGAAAUGGUGUAUGCUAGGAUGUUCGGGAGCUCGAACACGAGUAUGUUUGCAUAUCCUAACCAAGCUUCGUACCCUUCUCUAAGGAACAAUAAUCUUAGUAUGAGAAGGCAAGAGAUUCAGGUAGACAAAUCUCUUGGUAGAGUGUCCAUGUUUCUUUUCUGUUGCAUCAUUCUUUGCCUUCUCUUGUUUUGAGAAGUAGUGGAUUUU